AUGUCUACAUUGACGCAGUCUCGGUCUUCAGUCCCGUUGUCAACACGGAAAUCAUGCGCAAAUACAUACCUGCACUCUCCUCCUAGGGUAUCAGUGCUUGUCCUGCAGAAACGCUUCUCAACUUCCAAACCACCGGAAGAACCGAAUGAAGCGAACGAAUCGACUACCUCUAAAAUUUCCGCCCCAGCCAAACGGCUACUGUCCAAGAUUCCCCUUGCUAAAAGCCAUGAGAAUAUUUACACUAUCCCUAACAUUCUCACCUUCACACGACUACUGGCUGCACCGGCGGUGGGCUACCUCCUUGUCCAUGAAUACCAUGCAGCCGCACUGGCGCUGUUCGCUUAUGCAGGCAUCACCGACCUUGUCGACGGAUACAUCGCUCGGCGAUAUUCGCUGCAGACGGUUGUGGGGACAAUUAUUGACCCCAUGGCCGACAAACUACUGAUGACGAUUGGAGUUGCAUGCUUAGCGGUGAACGGGGCUCUUCCCGUAUGGCUAGCCGUGAUCAUUCUCGGCCGCGACAUUGGAUUGGCCAUCUCUGCGAUCUACUACCGGUGGAUCUCUCUUCCGCCACCAAAGACCAUGGCGCGGUACUGGGAUUUUUCGCUUCCCUCUGCCGAAGUCAAGCCGACCGAGAUCUCGAAGAUCAACACUGCGCUGCAGCUGGUGUUGGUUGGUAGCGCAAUUGCUUUGCCUGUGGUACCCGAGCCCAUCAUCAGUGCUUGGCAUUUGGGUGAAGUCAUGACUGGAUUCCAGUACCUUGUUGCUGGCACUACUAUCUGGUCGGGCCUGAGCUACGUCUUCUCCAACAAUGCGGUGAAGAUCCUCAGCAAAGAGGAAGUCCAGAAGCGGAUCGCUGCUGCAGCCGCCAAACGCAAGCACUGA